AGAGAGCAUCAACAACAUAUGUGAAACUCGGGCUCCGCUGUCACUCGGAUUCGAACCCUUCCGCCGGCGGCAUGUGGCUCCCACACAGCAGACGCACUCUGUGUCUCCUCGCCUUCACUGUCCUCCUGUCUCAGGAAUGUCUACGAUGGGUUGAGGCACAGCACUGUGUCUGGUAUGGGGAGUGUGGGGAGUCCGAACAGGUGCCGGGGAAAAAGUACAACUGUAACUACACUGGUCCUCCCAUCCCUCUGAAGUCUGAGGGGUUUGAGCUUCUCACGGAACUUUGUCCUGGAUAUGACUAUGACAACCGAAGCCUCUGCUGUGAUGUGGAACAGUUGCAAACUCUCAAAAGGAGUCUCCAGCUGCCCCUGCAGUUCUUGUCUCGGUGUCCCGCCUGUUUCUUCAACCUGAUGAACCUCUUCUGUGAGCUGACGUGCAGCCCCCACCAAAGUCAGUUCAUGGAUGCCUCUAAGAUCAACAACACCAGUGUAAUUGAAGUGCAGUAUUACGUUGGGAAAAGAUUUGCUAGCGCCAUGUAUAACGCCUGUAAGGACGUCCAGGCACCGUCCAGCAACGUGAAGGCCUUAUCACUGCUGUGUGGCAAAGAUGCAAAAGACUGUAACGCUACCAACUGGAUCCAGUACAUGUUUGAUAUCAACAAUGGACAGUCUCCUUUCCCUAUCAUCCCAAUAUUCUCAGAUGUCCCCGUAUCUGGUUACACUCCCAUGAACAACAAGACGUUCACCUGCACCGAGGGCUUGGAGGACGGCUCUGGUCCUUGCUCCUGUCAGGACUGCACCAACGCCUGUGGGCCCACACCCGUACCUCCCCCUAUCCCCCCGCCCUGGACAAUCUUAGGUAUUGACGCUAUGACCGUCAUCAUGUGGAUCUCGUACAUGGCCUUCCUGCUGAUCUUUUUCGGAGCUGUACUGAUUGCGUGGUGUUACAGGAGAAGGAGGAUCAUGUCUGAGUAUGGCCCCAUACUGGACAGCAAUAACCCACUGUCUCUCAACAGUGAUAAUCCUGACCAAGUCAAUGCAUCAUGUUGUGAAAGUCUGGGGGAACGCUUCGAGAAUGCACUGCGCAUCUUCUUCUGCUCCUGGGGUUCCUUCUGCGUGCGACAUCCCUCUGUGGUCAUACUGGGGAGCCUGGUACUCGUGGUUGCCUCCUCUGGUGGGCUGGUCUACAUGCGCAUCACCACCGACCCCGUGGAUCUGUGGUCGGCUCCCACCAGCCAGGCUCGUCAAGAGAAGGACUACUUUGACAAACACUUCGGCCCCUUCUUCAGAACUGUGCAGCUCAUUAUAACCACUCCACUCAACGAUACUACCAUCUACUCCCCAUACUUUGGAGGAUCUGACGUCCCAUUCAAAGCCAUACUGGCUAAAGACAUCCUGCACCAGGUGCUGGAUUUGCAGCUUGACAUCGAAGCCAUUGUGGCCCCAUACAAGGAUGAAACCGUCACCCUGAAGGACAUCUGCUUGGCCCCUCUGGACCCCUACAAUGACAACUGUACCAUCCUGAGUGUCCUCAACUUCUUCCAGAACAGCCAUGCUCAGUUGGACCACUGGAAGGGAGAUGACUUCUUUGUCUGGGCUGACUAUCACAGUCACUUCCUCUACUGUGUCAGUGCACCAGCAUCCCUUAACGACACCACUCCCCUCCACGACCCUUGUAUGGGCACGUUUGGGGGCCCCGUCUUCCCAUGGCUCGCCCUCGGGGGUUACGAUGAGACCAACUACAACAAUGCCACCGCUCUAGUGAUCACCUUUCCACUGAACAACUACCUGAAUGACUCAGUCAGGCUGGACAAAGCUCUGGCUUGGGAGAAAGAAUUCAUCAAGUUCAUGAAGAACUUCUCAAGCCCCAACCUGACCAUAGCGUUCACUGCAGAGAGGAGUAUUGAGGAUGAGAUUAACAGGGAGAGCAACAGUGACAUCAGCACCAUCGUGAUCAGCUACGCUAUUAUGUUCAUCUACAUCUCCCUGGCCCUGGGUCACAUCCACAGCUUCAGGAGAGUGAUGGUGGACUCAAAGAUUUCUUUGGGUAUAGCUGGUAUCCUGAUUGUGCUCAGCUCGGUGUCCUCCUCACUGGGGAUCUUCAGCUAUGCUGGUAUCCCUCUCACCCUCAUUGUAAUUGAGGUCAUUCCCUUCCUGGUGCUGGCUGUCGGAGUGGACAACAUCUUUAUUAUAGUGCAGACGUACCAGAGGGAUGAGCGGAUGCCACACGAGGAGCUUCACCAGCAGAUCGGUCGGAUCCUUGGGGACGUAGCCCCGAGCAUGCUCCUCUCCUCCUUCUCUGAGACGGUGGCCUUCUCCCUGGGAGCCUUGACCAACAUGCCUGCAGUGAGGACUUUCUCUCUGUUUGCUGGCCUGGCUGUUUUUAUUGAUUUCCUGUUGCAGAUCAGUUGCUUUGUCAGCUUCCUCGGCUUGGACGCAGAACGACAGGAGGGGAACCGACUUGACAUCAUCUGCUGCGUGAAGCUGCCAGAAAGUCAGGAAGCAAAGACGGAAGGUUUCCUCUUCCGCUUUUUCAAGAAAGUCUAUGCUCCAUUCAUCCUCAAAGAGUGGGUGCGACCAGUCAUAGUGGCAGUGUUUGUUGGAAUACUCUCUUUCAGUAUUGCUGUCAUGAAUAAAGUGGAGAUUGGACUGGACCAGAAAUUAUCCAUGCCUGAUGACUCAUACGUGCUGGACUACUUUAAGAACAUGGGCGAGUAUCUCCACACUGGAGCUCCGGUGUACUUUGUGGUGGAGGAUGGUUUGGACUACAGUACCCUGGAGGGUCAGAAUGCUGUAUGUGGUGGAGUGGGCUGCAACAACAACUCUCUGGUCCAGCAGGUCUACGCUGCCUCACUCAUCAGCAACUACACAACCAUAGCACUCACACCGUCCUCCUGGUUGGAUGACUACUUCGACUGGGUGAAGCCUCAGUCCACUUGCUGUCGUUACAUCAACGCCACCGGGGCUUUCUGCAAUGCCUCAGUGGUAAACUCGUCAUGUGUUCACUGUCGGCCCAUGACUCCGAGUGGAAAGCAGAGGCCAGAAGGUGACGACUUCAUGCGGUUUCUACCCAUGUUCCUGUCGGACAAUCCCAACGUCAAAUGUGGAAAAGGCGGCCACGCAGCCUACGGCACAGCGGUGGACCUGUAUCCCAAUGACGUAGGCGUGGGAGCCACUUACUUUAUGACCUACCACACCAUCCUGAAGGAGUCCCCAGACUUCAUAAAUGGUUUGAAAAUGGCCCGAAAUCUGGCUCAUAACAUCAGUCAGUCCAUGAACCACAAGGUUUUUGCCUACAGCAUCUUCUACGUUUUCUACGAGCAGUACCUCACCAUAGCGUACGACACGGCUCUGAACUUGAGCGUGUCGCUGGCGGCCAUAUUUGUGGUGACCACGGUUUUGUUGGGCUUCGAGCUGUGGUCCGCUGUGGUCGUCUGCCUCACCAUCGCCAUGAUCCUCGUCAACAUGUUCGGCGUCAUGUGGCUGUGGGGCAUCAGCCUCAACGCUGUCUCCCUGGUGAACCUGGUCAUGACCUGUGGUAUCUCGGUGGAGUUCUGCAGUCACAUCGUGCGAGCGUUUUCCAUCAGCGUGAAGAAGAACAGGGUGGAGCGGGCUGAGGAGGCUCUGGCUCACAUGGGCAGUUCUGUAUUCAGUGGAAUCACGCUCACAAAGUUUGGAGGGAUCAUAAUCCUGGCCCUGUCCAAGUCCCAGAUCUUCCAGGUUUUCUACUUCAGGAUGUACCUGGCCCUGGUUCUGCUGGGGGCCACACACGGCCUCAUCUUCCUCCCCGUGCUGCUCAGCUAUAUCGGUCCGUCGGUGAACAAAGCAAAGGUGUUUGCCGCUAACAAGCGCAACGCCGGCACAGAGAGGGAGCGGCUCCUCAACUACUAGGAGGCCGCGGACAAUGAACAAUGGCCUGACUUUGUGUCUGGUAGGGACUGUGAGGGUUUCUGUGACCACUGACGCACUCAUCGUCAUUGCCACUACUAUGCACGGAUUUCACUCAGGAAGACACUUGGGAUUGCCAGAGGCCUCGUUGGGCUGCACACUCGUAUCGACUUCUGCAGCAGACUUCAGACCCCCGACAUUCCAGCACACUACAGGACAAGCCCGACCUCGCGGUAUUUGAAGCGUGAGCCGCGGGACAGAACUCCACACUUUGACCGUGUGGACGCAAGAGAGACGCCGCCCCCGACACCAUUUUACAGACAAACCCUCAUUCAGAUUCCAUGAGCUAUUUUGAUACAGGAAACCGUAAAAUGGUUUUUUUUUUAAAUAUAUAUGAUAUAUAAAAUAGAUCUGACAUUCUUUUUUUUAUUAACCUUUUUAGAACUGUUGGAUAUUCUGAAUCUUUUAUUGACUGUAGCUCAGCACUCACCGGAGCUAACCAAUAACAAUAUCGAUAUCAUAAGUCCCCCCAUAAUACUUGGCAUCAACAUGAAUCCUCUUUAGAGCAAACUGCAUCAGAAAGACGUACGGCUCAUUUCCCCCCUAGAAAUAAUGUUUCCUGUGCACCUAAGGAAUCUGGGAUUAGCUUGUGGGUACUAAGACGGUCAUGUUUUACUCAAGUACACUGGAUCUGAAAUUAAAAGUGUGUUUUAGCUUUACAUUUUGGCUUUUAUUCCAUUUGUUCACAUCUUUGAGGCCCUUUUUUACCUAUGGGAGCGUAGGUAUAAGAAUAUUUGCUCGGCCGCACACUCGUAGAUUUCAGUCCUUUUUAAAUGCGACCGAUUUCUUUUUUUCAAUAAGAACCAGGAAUAUUCCCUUGGAAAAAUGUUGAAAAUUAUCCAUCUCACAAUGUUAUCCACCAAGUUUUUUAGGAAAUUAAUUUGGUUGAUUUUGUGUAAUAUUGCGUACAAUCCAACCAACUAACAAACAAACGGACAGCGGUGAAUACAUAGCCUCUUUGAAGAAGGUAUCAACAGUAAAUAUAAACACCCUCAAAGCUUAAACUUGACGGUCACUGUUACAUUUCCCAUUCAAAGUCGUAACAGGAAGUAUGUUGCUCCUGUCGUCUUUUAUUCUUGCAUCGAUUACCUCUUGCGCCACAUUUCAUUUCAGUGAUAGCUGAUGUAUCUUUAUGGUUUUUUGAGGUUGUUAGUCUAACACCCCCCCCCCCCCCGCCCCCUGAGUCAAGAUACAUGUUCAUGCCAGAUGUGGAGGGUGCUGUAAAUAAUGCUAAUAAUGGUUUUACAUUGAAGUGUAACUGUGACGCUGGAGAGAUCAAACUUUCCAUUAAACUGCAAAUAACAUGCAGGGGACUGACUUUGAUUUCUGUUCAUCUAGAGCAUGUUUUACUGAAUGCUCACUAGAUAAAGACUAGAGACGACACAUUUAAGUUAAUAAUGAUAUUAUUUUAAUUUAAUAACCACUAACAAUGUGUAACUGGGUACUGGAAAUAUGAAAUGUUGGAGUUUUUUUUUUUUUUACUUAACACCCCACAUCCUACGCUUCAGCAUGUCUGAGGUAUUUGUUAAUUAAACUGAUUAUUCAUUGUGCCUUAAUCCAAGUAGUGUGCUCCCACUAAUUGAAUUUGAACAGGACUGAGACAUUACUCAAAGAGGAUGUUAUCGUUUUAACCAAAGUGUUUAAAAACCUUUUAAGGAACCAAAUUCCUUGUUUUUGAUCUUCUGACACAAUGUUUAUUUUUUCCCCUGAUGAUGCUGUUGAAGUUUUAUGGAAUGUAAGAAAUGAAAUGUGUCAAAGAAAAAUGUUCAUGAGCGACCGACUGAGGAAGAGUUGUGCUUAUGAACGGUUCUGUGUUUUGAAAUGGACAAAUAAUAUCUGACGAUGAAAAAAUGAACCAAGUACUGGAACAUUUAAGGUUUUUAACAAUUUCCCAAUAUAAUCUCUACGAAAUAA